AAAUAUAUAUAUAUGUAGUUUGUCUAAGUCUACCUGAAGUCAUUGUAUAAAAUAGGAAGCCACCUAUUAGCUUUCAGUUAGUCUGCAAUUGGACAACAGCCAGAGAUAUGGAAAAUCGCCGGCAACGUUUAGAAUUUGCACUCAGUAUACUGCCUUAUAAUGCAAAAGCAGUGCAGUUAUCAUUCUACCAACAGCAAGUGGAGGAGAUAAUUACCCGCUUACGGACCGAUCUCUCAGAUUUUGGGGAGAACGAAAGCGUAGAUGAUGAUGUAAACAGGCUGCACCGACGAAAUGAGGCAGCGGAUACUUUUGCCGAGCAUACAAUGCGAAACAUUGAGCUAUCAGAAAUCACAAAUCCCCCCACAGGCAAACUAAGUACCCUGGAUACCCUUACACUGGCGGCUGAGAAGCUGCUAAAGACCCAGCAAAUGCUAAAUAACAUCAAAAGCGAUGACGAGGAGCUGGAUGAUUUUGAGAACGAUGAGUUCAUUGAUGGAGACACGGCCUUCGCCAAUAUGGAACGCAACCAGCUGAUGGAAAACACAAUUCAAAAUGUGAAUGAGGCAAGGGUGAAAAUGCUGCAGCGUUGGGAACGUAGUAAGCGCACUGCUCUUGACUUGCUCACGGUUGAAAUCGAAAAAGUUCAGGACAUGGAUCAAACCGAUACGAAUACACAAAAGUCAGGACACUUUCAGCUAUUUCGAGAUGGCACGGACGAGCACAAUACCUCGACACCCAAAACCAAUGAAGAGGAGAAUAUUGAAGCAUUAAUUGAGGAUCCGGACGAUGAAGACUAUGUCCCUGAAACAGAGUCGAAGAGUGUCGGCAAACGCGUACGUGUGGCCAAACCAAUGACAUCAACUCCGAAGGCCAAAAAGAUGCGUCCGACAUUUGAAUUUGAUCACGAUCAGUCGUCGCCUAUGGUCGUUUUGGGACCAAAUGGCACUCAAGUAUCUCGCUCUUGCUUAAACGCGAUUAACUGGGAUAUGACUGGGCCAUCGAUUACUCGGAAAUUACUUUGCGAGAUCUUCGAUCGUGAGACUUUGGCCCAUCAUACACUGUCGGGCAAACCAUCGCCAGCUUUCAGAGACUGUGCACGUCCCACCAAGCAACAGCUUGACCCUCGCAAGGUAGCCGAUUUGGUAUACUUAAUGACCAAUAGUAUGGACAUGACACCACGUGAAGUACGCACCGCCAUCACCACAAAAUGUGCCGAUGAGAAUAAAAUGUUGAGAUCGCGUUUGAAGCGUGGGCCGCGCAAAUCAAAUUAGAAGCACAGCAAAGACAAAACAUUAUCCUAAA